UGCCAUUCCCAUCCACCCCUCAAAUCCACCUUCAAGACUUCAGGCCCGGACUCCACAGUCCACCCCUAAAUAAAACAUUCUUCUAUUCCUUUUCCUUAACGCACACUCAACCCAGAUGGCAUUGUCAGCACUCCUCCACAUCAAACCACCUCCCCCUCCAUUCCCCUCACUAAAACCACACCUCUCCUCCUCCAAACUCCCAAUCCAAAUCCAAACCCCUAAACCCCUCAAAGCACACUUCACUAUGCAGAGGCCUCCUCCUCAUGCAUCCACCGCCACCACCACCACCACCACCACUGUCCACAGUGCGGUCUGCGACGCUGUCUCCCUGAUCCAAUCCUCCCCCGCCACGUGGAAGUCUGCGAUCCUCUGCAACCUCGUGAUCUUUGUUCUGGGCUCUCCGGUUCUGGUUUCUGGGCUCUCCCUCUCCGGCAUUGCUGCCGCGUUUUUGCUCGGAAAUCUCACUUGGCGCGCCUUUGGGCCCCCUGGGUUUCUCUUGGUUGCAACCUACUUCGUCAUUGGCACAGCGGUGACAAAGGUGAGAAUGGCGCAAAAGGAGGCUGAGGGGGUAGCCGAGAAGAGGAAAGGGAGGAGAGGCCCUGGAAGUGUUAUUGGAUCCAGUGCUGCUGGAUGCGUUUGCGCUUUUCUCACGAUAUUUUUAGUGGGAGGAAAGGCAUAUUCCCAGCUUUGGCAACUAGGAUUUGUUUCCAGUUUCUGUACUAAGUUGAGUGAUACGGUCUCAAGUGAGGUGGGAAAGGCAUAUGGGAAAACAACGUACUUAGUAACAACAUUGAAGGUAGUUCCAAGGGGAACUGAGGGGGCUGUGAGUCUUGAGGGAACCAUUGCUGGACUUUUGGCAUCUGUUCUUCUGGCUUUUGUUGGUUGUCUCAUGGGUCAGAUAAAUGGACCUGAAGCAAUUAUAUGUGUAAUAGCUUCUCAAAUAGCAAAUGUUGGUGAGAGCAUUAUAGGUGCUGUUCUUCAAGACAAGGAAGGAUUUCGAUGGCUCAACAAUGAUGCUGUGAAUGUCAUAAACAUAUCCAUGGGCAGCACAUUUGCCAUUCUGAUGCAGCAGGCAUUACUCCAAAACUUGCAUAUGUAAAUUUAUGACCAGGGAAGAUGCUUCUCCUGGGUGCCAUGCUAACACAUGUCAAGUAGGAUGCAUAUAAAAACACCGCUGACCAAAAACAGACCACCCCUAUGUGGGAGACAGAUGGAUUGCUUCAUGUUGUGGGAAUGCUUUGUCUCUGAAGCACAGGUUUGAGUUCCUUUCCACCUUCCAAUUUCUGGUUCACAAGUGGAGGUCUAAUCAAUUCGGUGAGUAGUAAAGCCUUUAUAGUAGAUUACCUUGGUAUUUAUAGGGAUCAACACAAGCUUGUCAAAGCCUUUUUUAGCAUAUUUUACGUACAAAAUGUACGAUCCAUGGAUAUUUAAUUUUAUCAAUAACAAUCUGAUUCUCCUUUGGCUCAUAA